AUGUUUGGAAAAUCAGACAAAAUGGACGUUAGGUGCCAAACGGACGCUGAGGCUCCUCGGAUCCCCAAGAACGGACACAAGGAAGGCAAGGAAAGCAAAGGGUCGGAAGGGAGCCUGGCGGCGGCUUUCCUCAAGGACCCUCCGGCCACUUUCCCGGCCUCGGGAGCCGCCGAGGACUGUAGCAAAAGUAGAGCGAGUCCCGCCGACCCGGACUACUGCAGGAGGAUCCUGGUUCGAGAUGCCAAAGGCUCCAUCCGAGAAAUCAUCCUCCCCAAGGGGCUGGACCUAGACCGGCCCAAGCGGACCCGGACCUCGUUCACGGCGGAGCAGCUGUACCGGCUGGAGAUGGAGUUCCAGCGGUGUCAGUACGUGGUGGGCCGGGAGCGCACCGAGCUGGCCCGCCAGCUGAACCUCUCCGAGACCCAGGUCAAGGUCUGGUUCCAGAACCGUCGGACCAAGCAGAAGAAGGACCAGGGCAAGGAUUCGGAGCUGCGGUCGGUGGUGUCGGAGACGGCGGCCACCUGCAGCGUGCUCCGGCUCCUGGAGCAGGGCCGGCUCCUGUCCCCGCCCGGCCUGCCCGGGCUCCUGCCCCCCUGCGCGGCGGGGGCCCUGGGCUCGGCCCUGCGCGGGCCCGGCCUGGGCCCGAUGGGCGGCAGCCCCGGGACCCCGGGCUCCAGUACGGCGGGCGGGUCCCCGCACCCCCCGGCGGGGAGCGGCGCGGCGGGGCCCCCGCAGGCCUCCGGACUCCAGGCCGCCCCGCCCGCCGGCCACGGCCUCUUCGCCCUGCCGGUGCCCUCGCUCCUCGGCUCCGUCGCCAGCCGCCUGUCCUCCAACCCCCUGUCCGUGGCCGGCUCCCUGGCGGGCAACCUGCAGGAACUGUCCGCUAGGUACCUCAGCUCUUCGGCCUUCGAGCCUUACUCCAGGACCAACCCGAAAGAAGGGGCGGAGAAAAAAGCGCUGGACUGAUCUCAAGUAUCCCCGUCUAUUUAUAUUGAUAGUAUCUAUUGUGGCUCUAUUUAUGGGAUCAUACACGUUAGUAGCUCCCAAAUCCCCUCCCCACCCCCCCGGAUUUCCCCUCCCCCGCCGAACCGUGCUUGAGCUGGCUUCUCUCUCACCUGGCCACCCCUCUCUCUGUCCCUUUGGGAAAAGUUAGUUUAAUUCCUUUUUUUUUUUUUUUCCGUUUUCCGACGUUGAGACUGAAUUCAGGAGGGACCCAGGAGAGACACCCGACUGACAGACAGACUCUCUCUCUCUCUCUCUCACACGCACACACAAACCCCAACGGAAAUCAAAGUAGAGCAAAGAACAACUAGGACUAUCGAUCAAGAUUGUGACCGCGGUAGCAGCAAGCCCGAGGGUCCCUCGAAAAGCCACAGGGAGGCGUCCUGGGGGUGAGGGUUGGAGUGCAGGAGGAGAAUCGACUUGGGCCAAUGGAUUCUAAACUCAGCCUAUCCCAACGAAGCGGUUUUCCAUCUUAUUUCCAGGACUUCUUUAUCCCAGCAGCACAGAUUCCCCGCAACGUGCCACCGUCCGCCCCAUGCAAUCGCUGCCCUCUUUUCCCAGGAUACCUGACAGCAGAGCAGUGUAAGCUCGCAGAAGCAAGCCCCCGCCGCCCAGGAGAGAAAUGUAAUAUCCCAGAAAUAAUCCGGUCCCGGGAAUGCGUCGGGACCCGAAACGGGUUGGGAGAGCCCGGAGCCGCGGCCGGAACGCAUGGUGCGGGCUUGAGGCUCGGAGCUCCACCUUAACAGAUGAGAUGGGGAGAAAAGGAGAACAGGCUCCCGCCGUGUUGCAGUCGACUCAUUCCCCAAAUCAGCCCUCCGGGCCUUCGCUCCUCUUAACAGGGAAAAGCCCCUUUCCUAGAGCUAGAAAGUUCACUCGGGGAGAGCCCGAACGCGCGGUCUCCAUCCUAGGGAACUGGAGAAAUAGUGCAUAUUUUUCGAUUCGAUUCUGGGGCGGGGGCACCCCAGAUUCGGCCCAUUCGGCCGACUGCCUGAGGUCUGCGGGCUGAUGCAGAAACGGUGGAAACGGGUUGGAAUUCAAAGCUCCCUUUUUCGUCCCGCGAACCCCCAGUCGAGGAAGCAGGGCUCUCCCCGAUCUUGCUGUCUCCCCGGGCCUCUGUGAUCAUUCUUUCCGCCUCGCCCCUUGUUCCUGAUUUUAACGUGACACCCCCACCCCGAGAUUCUGAAAUGCCGGUACUGUACCUGGGAUGGUCCCGAGUUAUCACUGAACCUGGACUUGGGAGAGAGAGAGAGUCUCUUUCCACUUUCCCCAAACUGUUUACAGACUGUAUAAACAAACCCCCUUCCCCUUCAUUCUUAAUCAAAACAAGCCAACACAGCGUGCGUUGCCGUAUUGUCUAGAAUGUGUUAGCAUAUACCAUCGGGAGGGAGCCCAGGGCAUUUCAAAUGAAAAAAAAAUCGUCAUUUAUUGUAAAUUAUUUCCGUCGGAAGUUUUUAGGCAACUAGCGGUGAAAAUGAUGAAUGAUCCGAACGCGAAUAGUGACCCAAGUACUUGCUACUAACUUUGUUCUGAAUGUUUUGGAUAUUGGAUGUUUUGUAUUUAUGUGGUGAGAGUGAAAUAUACUUAUAUAUCUAUAUCUAUAUCUAUAUCUAUGACAGAUUAAGGUGUCUUAUAUUUCGCUUUAUAUUAAA